AAAAAAGCAAAACAAAACCAUGGGAAAGGGGAAAAGAAGGAGCAAAACAGCCGCCGCCGUCGUAGAUCAGUCUCUGCCGCAACAUCAAAAAGUUCCCUCGAAAACGGUCGCGGACGUCUCCGAUUGCCCCAUUUACCAACAGCUUAUCAAACUAGGGUUUUAUUUGAAGAGAGAAAAAGUUGUUGAUUGUCUUCGCCAACUAGGGGAUUCGAUAAAUGGCUUGAAUGACCUCGAAAAGGCUGAAAUCUGUUUCCAGAAGUUUCUGUUUUCCAAUCUCAAUUCUUGUGGUAGUGGUAUACUUCCUCCUACCCAUAACCGUAAUGAUUUAAUGCUCCCAACUACAUCGAUAACUACUCUCGAUGGUCCCUUCAUAUUGCAGGUCGAUGAAUUUACGAAUCUCAUUGCUCCACGGAAAGGUAGGAUGUUGACGUUGUCAAUGACCGAUGGUGUUAAUAAAGUCUUUGGAGUAGAGAACUACUUCAGGCCUAUUGAAGACAUUCAACCUUCUUCUGCGCCUCUUGGAUUAAAGGUCAAAUUCUCUAAUGUAACCGUGUCCAAAGGAUGUUUCUGGAUGCUUCCUGAAAAUACUAUAGUAUUGGGAGGAGGAUUAGUUGAUGAUGACGUCCAAGCUGGUAAUAAGGAUGAAGUGUCCAAGCCCUACACAUAUAGUUUUCACACUCAGACUUUCCUAGAAAACAAAGGUAGUUUUGCUGUUAACUUACGGAAUAAGGAGGCUGAUUUUCCCAUAACAGAAGGCUGCAGCAAAACUGGUGGACUGGUUGUUUGUUUUGAUGAACUGUUGGUAGAUUACAUCUGCAUUCACGAACCGUCUGGUUGCUGCUGGAGAGAUCUUGGUGGUGCUAUUGCAAACGUGGCAGUUGGCAUCUCUAAGUUGGGGGGUUCAUCUGCAUUUAUGAGCAAGGUUGGACCAGAUGAAUAUGGGUAUACGUUGGUUGAUGUUUUAAAGGCAAAUAAUGUUGAUACAUCUGGCAUGCUGGUUGAUUCUAAUGCCAGCACCCAGUUGCAUUAUGUUUUCCUUAGAGCUGAUGGGGAGCGCGAGUGCUGGCUUUCCGGUAAUCCUAGUGCUAAUAUGCUUCUGUAUUCAGAGGUUGAUCGUAAACUCAUCAAGAAGGCUAAAAUAUUCCAUUAUGGUUCCAUCGGUUUGAUUGAUGAGCAUUGCAAGGCGUCUUAUCUUGCUGCCUUGAGUUUUGCUAAAACCUGUGAUUGCAUUCUCUCGUAUGAUCCGAAAUUCAGAUUGGAACUAUGGCCAUCAGCCGAGGCUGCUCGAAAGGGUAUAAUGAGCAUAUGGAAUCUAGCCGAUGUCAUAAAGAUCAGCGAAGAUGAGAUCACUCUUUUGAUUGAUGCUGGUGAUCCUUAUGAUGAUGAUGAUGUAAUAAAAAAGCUUUUUCACCCUACUCUCAAGCUUCUAAUUGUUACCAGUGGGUCGGAGGGUUGUAGAUAUUACACUAACGAUUUUAAGGGAAAAGUUAGAGGUUUAAAUGUUGAACCUGUUGACACAACUGGUGCUGGUGAUGCAUUUGUUAGUGGGAUUCUCUACUACAUAGCUUCUGACCCGAGUAUUUUCAAGGAUGAGAAACGUCUCCGGAAGGCGUUAUAUUUCGCCAGUGUAUGUGGCGCGAUCAUGGUGACCAGGAGAGGGGCAAUUUCUGCAUUACCUACAAAAGAUGAUGUCCUGCAACACCAGCUGUUAUAAAAUGUAAUAUAUGUUGACAAAGAGUGAGUGAUUAACCUUCUGACUUGGUUUUGAUGGCACUAAUUUGUGAAGUCCUGUACUGCAAUGCAACAUUCAGGCUAGAACAGAUCAAUAUGUUGAGUUGGAUUUCCUUUUGAUUAUGCCAGCAGCCGCGCAUAUGUUUUGAUCUUGUUAUUUUAAACUCAUAAUUAUUGUGUUAUCUUCUUCCAUUUUGACUCUUAAGAUUUCAAUA